ACGAAGAAGAAGAAUGAGAAGAAGCAAAAGAUGGUGAAUAAAGAGGUUGAAACAGAGGACUGGUGCUUCCUCUGCAAAGAUGGUGGCCAACUUAUGUUCUGCGAUUAUGGGAAUUGCUUAAAGGUCUAUCAUCCUGAUUGUGUGGGAAAAGAUGAAUCUUUUUCAGAAACUGGAGAGUUCUGGACUUGUGAUCGGCAUUCUUGCACAAAGUGCCAUAAAGACCCGAAAUUUCAUUGCCUUUGCUGUCCAAUUUCUGUUUGUGAAACGUGCGUCAGCUCUUCUGGGUUUGUACAGAUUAGGAGUGAUAAUGGUCUCUGCCACGAGUGUUUGGAGCUUGUUAUACUUGGAGAAGAAAAUGAGGCCUUUGACAUCAAUGGGGAAAAGAUAGAUUUUGAAGACAGGGAUUCGUUUGAGGGCCUAUUCAAAGAAUACUGGGAAAUAGUGAAGGAGAAAGAAGGCUUUACCAUGGAUGAUGUCUACGCCGCAAAUACCCAAUUAAAGAAGAAGAAAAAUAAAAAACGCAAAUCCCUUUCAUUUAAAAUUGGAAAGGAACAUCAAGAAGAUGAGUUCAUCAUUCUUGACUCUGAUAAGGAAGAAACAGAACCAUGUAAGCCAUUAGGCAAGAAGAAGAGAUCCAUGAAACAAGGGUUCAUCGGAUGGGGGUCGAAACCCCUUAUUGAGUUCCUCAAGUCCAUUGGUAAGGACACAACUGAACGAUUACCCCAUUAUGAAGUGGAUUCUGUCAUCAAAGGCUACAUUCGAGAAAAAAACCUCGUUGACCAAGAGAGGAAAUACAAGGUUAAUUGUGACGAGAAGCUAUAUUCUGUUUUCAGAAAGAGGUCGCUAACAAAGAGCAGAAUAUUUCAUCUUUUGGAGGCCCAUUUAGUUGAGAGCAUGGAGGAAUCAGAGGAAGAUGUAGAUGACGGUGACGGUGAUCAAGUACGUUGUCCAAAGAAAGAUGAAAAUGAUAAUGCAGCGUGUAACAAGCGGAGAACUUUGAGCUCAGAUAUGGAAAAUCAGGAAAACGAAGUCGAAACUAUUAUCAAGCAAAACUCUUUUGCGUCUAUAGUCGCUGAAAAUAUCAAACUCGUCUAUCUAAGGAGGAGCUUGGUGGAGGAGUUAUGUAAGCAGCCUGAAAGUUUUGAAGGCAAAGUAGUUGGAAGUUUCCUUAGAAUCAAAACGGAUCCCAAAGAUUUUCUACAAAGGAAUUCUCACCAGCUUUUGCCAGUAACAGGUGUAGAUAAAUCUUCAGCUGGUGAAAUACUCCUGAGAGUUUCUUUGAUGCCCCAAGGCCUGUACAUACACAUGCUUUCCGAUUCCGACUUCACCAAGGAAGAAUGUGAGGAUUUGCAGGAAAAAAUUGAAAGUGGUGUGCUAAACAAAAUUCCUGUUGUUGAGCUUGAGAAGAGAGCUAGAACCGUGCAUGAAGAUAUUACUAAGCAUUGGAUCGAGAGAGAGCUGGUCCUCCUACAGAAUCGUAUUGAUUGUGCGAAUGAGAAGGGACGGAGAAGAGAAUUGUUCCAUUAUGUAUACCAAAGAGAACUGCUGAAGAAACCAUCCGAACAGGAAAGAUUGCUGAAACGGGUGCCCAAUAUCAUUCCUGAAGUUAUAGAACUCAAAGCUGGCUCUGCAGUCUUGGAAAUUGAUUAGUCAAGAGUCCAAAAUCGGUUUUUUUUUUUUUUUUUUUUGGCACGAACAAUUCCCGUUUUUGAGAUUGUAUAUAUGUAAGGGAAGUAUCUUACUUUUAUUUUGUUAUUACCUCUUUUC